AUUGCUGUUUGACGCCUACGCAGAAGGACACACACUCAGCAGCCUCCGCUUUGCGGGUGGGAGAACGCUGAACAAUGGAUGCCCAAGAAAGAGCAGCAUUAGACAUUUCCACCAGAAACCCUCAAGAAGACUUUGAGCUGCUGCAAAGAGUUGGCGGGGGAACCUACGGGGAAGUCUACAAGGCCCAGAACAAGGAAACGGGGAAGAUGGCGGCUGUCAAGAUUGUCAAAAUUGAAGCCGAUGAUGAUUGUGCCACCAUUCAACAAGAGAUCGUCAUGGUGAAGACUUGCAAACACCAGAACAUCGUAGCCUAUUUUGGGAGCUACAUCCGGUUUAACAAACUUUGGAUCUGCAUGGAGUUCUGUGGGGGUGGGUCUCUCCAGGACAUCUAUCAAGUCACCGGACCCUUAUCCGAGCUACAGAUUGCCUAUGUAUGUAGAGAAACUUUGCAAGGCCUGUCUUAUCUUCACAACCAAGAGAUCCACAGAGACAUCAAGGGAGCCAACAUCCUCCUCAAUGACCGCGGGGAAGUCAAACUCGCGGAUUUUGGAAUCUCGGCACAAAUCAGUGCUACCUUUGCCCGGAGAAUGUCUUUCAUCGGCACCCCUUACUGGAUGGCCCCAGAGGUGGCUGCAGUGGAGAUGAAGGGGGGUUACAAUGUCCUGUGCGACAUUUGGUCAGUGGGCAUCACAGCCAUCGAGCUGGCAGAAUUGCAGCCCCCCAUGUUUGACAUGCACCCGAUGCGAGUCUUGGUUCUCAUGACAAAGAGCGGCUACCAGCCCCCGAAGCUCAAGGAGAAAGCCAAGUGGACACCAGCCUUCCAAAACUUUGUCAAGAUGACGCUAACCAAGAACCCCAAGAAACGCCCAGGCGCCUCCAAGAUGCUGACCCAUCAGUUCGUGGCCCAGCCUGGCCUGUGGCCCAGCCUGACCCUUGACCUUCUGGAGAAACUGCGCCAUCCUGAGCAUCUCUCCAGCUGCAGAGGCGAGGCGGACGAGGAGGAAACAGAGCCGCCUCCCCCUCCGGUGCCUCGAAGAAUCCACUCCAGCCACCGGCAAGGAGUCACUUCCCCCAGAUGCUCCGAUUCCCACGCCCACCAUUUUGGCCAUGGCGGUUCCGGCAGCAGACAAAGGCUGGAAUCCUCCAAGAUUAUGGAAUUCUCCACGGACCCCGGCUAUGGCACUGGCAGCCAUCUGUACAGCACAGCGUUUUGUACCAGGGAUGACGCACCAGACUCCGACCACGAUUAUGAUGACGUGGACAUUGUCACCUCACCCUCUGAUCUCCCACCCCCGCUGCCCCCCAAGCCCAAGCUCUGGACCUCCUCAGAAGAAACUGUGGCAGACCGAUCCCCUGGGCGGUGCUCAGCCAGAUCCGGAUCUUGGGGGCGGUGCUCUAGCGGGCCAGUGAUGGGCAGGACCCCUCCACUGGGAGCUCAGGCCUCCCACUUCAGCGCCAGAUCAGUGCCGGAGUUGCGGCCGGUUCGCCAGAUGGAAAAGCCCCCCCUCCUGCCCCCCAAGCCAGGGAGGAGACAGAAACCAGACAGGAUGUUCUUCAGGAAAGUUUUUAAUGAGUGUCCUUUGCACGUCACCUCGGCUACGGCGUGGGUCCAUCCCAACACGAAAGAGCCACAUUUAAUCCUGAGUGCCGAAGAAGGAAUCUUUGCCUUGAACCAGAGUGAUUCAGAGCCAACCCUGGAGCUGCUAUAUCACAGCCGCACAACUUGGGUGUACAGCAUUGAGAAUGUCCUCAUGUCACUUUCAGGCAAAUCCCCCCAGCUAUUCUCUCACAAUUUACUGGGUUUGUAUGAGCAGUGCAAAAGAGAUCAACGUCCCACAGUGGCUAUUGCUCCCCACAGGCUCUUACCCAGGAAAAAUGUCACCACUACCAAGAUUCCAGACACCAAAGGAUGCCAGAAGUGUUGUGUGGCCAGGAAUGAGCUGACUGGCUGCCACUACCUGUGCGGGGCACUGGAGGCAGGGGUGGUCCUGUUGCAGUGGUAUGAACCCAUGCAGAAGUUCAUGCUGGUCAAGUAUUUUGACUUCCCUCUGCCGUCGCUGCUGCCUGUUUUUGAGAUGCUGGUAACCCCCCAUGAAGAGUACCCGGUGAUCUGCAUUGGAGUGAGCAAGGGUUUGCCCAGUCAGGCUGUGGAAUUCCACGUCAUCAACCUCAAUUCGCUUACCUCCUGGUUCAUCGAUGAUGGUUCCGAACAUGCAUGGUCUGGGCCUGUCCAGGUGUCCCAGUUCGACAGCGAGAGAGUCAUGGUUCUGAUGGACAGAAGUGUCAAGUUUGUCAGCCUCCAGGGCUCUCUGCUUCCAUGUCCGCCAGAGAUCACCUUUGACGUGGCGGUGGAGUCAGUCGCAGUGGUACGGGACCGUGUGCAUGCAUGUUGGCGCCACGGAGUGCAGAUAAAGCCUCUCGGAUCAGGCCAGCUGGAACAAGAGUUGCAGGACCAGUGCUGGACUUUCCGCUUCCUGGGAUCCUCCAGUACCGUUGUGUUGGAGACACGGCCCGUGGACAAUCCCAGUUCCGCCAGCAACCUCUAUGUACUGGAAUGA